AUGUUUGCGACAGCAAGAAGCCUCUGGCGGCUUAAUCAAGCGGCCCGGUCGUUUCCCUCCCGCAGAAUUGGACCCAUCCUGUGCCCCCCCCUUGUCGUUAGCGCCCCAAUUCGCAACCACGCUCUCGGCAUCAAAUAUGACCGCCGCGCAUGGUCAUCAGGCCGGCGCGACGACGACGAGCGCUGCUCCGCGCCAAAGGCCCCCACCGCAGCGGCUAUCACACGCCCCCGAACGCGCCAGGAACCAAGCCCGUGGAAUCUUCCCAACGCCGUGACCGUCGGCCGCCUCGUCGCGGCGCCUUUGACCGGCUACUGCAUCGUCACCGGUCACUUCGAUCUAGCCCUCGGCGGUCUCGUCUACGCCGGCGCCUCGGACUGGCUCGACGGCUUCCUCGCUCGCAGGCUAAACCUCCAAACCGUCGUCGGCUCCUACUUGGACCCUGCAGCCGACAAGCUGCUCGUCUCGACGACGACAGUGUCGCUCGCGUACCAGCACGUCAUUCCCCCCUGGCUCGCGCUGGUCAUAAUUGGCCGGGACGUGGCGCUCGUCGCUGGUUACGCCGCCCUGCUGCGGAACAGCGCGGGCAGCUUUGCACCUGCCGAAGUGCUGCGACAGGGUGCGCGGAACCACGUGCGCCCGCACUUUGUCUCCAAGGUGAACACGGCGAUGCAAAUCGGCCUGUGCUUUGCGGGCGUGGCGAGCGCGGGAGAUUUACAGCUUGUCAGUGCGGCGGUGGUACAGGGGAUUGGAAACGUUACCGCGCUAACAACGACGGCGUCAGGUGUGUCGUACGGCGUUGACUUCCUCAAGCAGCGGAGGAACGGGUGA